AUGUUAAUUUCGAGAAACGCAAGAAGAAUUACGUCUUUACCUCGACGUUUGUUUACUACAUCUACUACUUGUUGUCAAACAAUUGGUUCCAUCAAAGGUUCUGAGCUAAACACUUCUAAAUAUUUGCAACAAAAGUAUGUUGUCAUUGACCAUGAAUAUGAUUGUAUCGUGGUAGGAGCAGGAGGAGCAGGAUUACGAGCAGCAUUUGGGUUAGCUGAAUCUGGAUAUAAAACAGCAUGUAUAAGUAAAUUAUUUCCCACAAGAUCCCAUACUGUUGCUGCACAAGGAGGUAUCAAUGCCGCAUUAGGAAACAUGCAUCGAGAUGACUGGCACUGGCAUUUUUAUGAUACAGUCAAGGGAUCUGACUGGUUAGGUGAUCAAGAUGCCAUACAUUAUAUGACAAAAGAGGCGCCUGAUUCUAUUUAUGAGUUAGAACAUUAUGGUGUUCCAUUUUCAAGAAAUGAAGAAGGAAGAAUAUAUCAAAGAGCAUUUGGGGGUCAGACCAAAGAAUUCGGUAAAGGUGGUCAAGCUUAUAGAACUUGUGCCGUUGCUGAUAGAACAGGUCAUGCAUUGUUGCAUUCUUUAUAUGGACAGGCAUUGAGACAUAAUUGCCAUUUUUUCAUUGAAUUCUUUGCUAUGGAUUUACUUAUGCAAGAUGGAGAAUGUGUUGGUGUCAUUGCUUAUAACCAAGAAGAUGGUACUUUGCACCGAUUCAGAGCUCACAAGACAGUUAUUGCUACUGGAGGUUAUGGAAGGGCAUAUUUUUCCUGUACAUCGGCCCACACAUGUACUGGUGAUGGGUAUGCAAUGGCUGCAAGAGCCGGUUUGCCAUUACAAGAUUUAGAAUUCAUUCAAUUUCACCCAUCAGGUAUCUAUGGAUCAGGUUGUCUUAUUACCGAGGGUGCUAGAGGUGAAGGUGGGUUUUUAGUCAACUCAGAAGGUGAAAGAUUUAUGGAAAGAUAUGCCCCAUCUGCUAAAGAUUUAGCAUGCAGGGAUGUUGUUUCAAGAGCUAUUACUAUGGAAAUCAACGAAGGUAGGGGUGUUGGUCCUGAAAAAGAUCACAUGUAUUUGCAAUUAAACCAUUUACCCGCUGCAGUGUUGAAAGAACGUUUACCAGGUAUUUCUGAGACUGCACACAUUUUUGCAGGUGUUGAUGUUACGAAAGAGCCAAUUCCAAUUCUACCUACUGUGCAUUAUAAUAUGGGUGGUAUUCCAACAAACUGGAAAGGUGAAGUAUUAAAAAUGGGUCCAGAUGGUAAAGAUGAGGUUGUUCCAGGGUUAUUGGCUUGUGGUGAAGCCGCAUGUGCUUCUGUCCAUGGGGCCAAUAGAUUGGGGGCUAAUUCGUUAUUAGAUUUAGUUGUAUUUGGAAGAGCUGUUUCUCAUACCAUCAGAGACACAUUGACUCCGAAUGCACCUUUACAUCCUUCUCCUGCUGAUCUUGGUAAGCAAUCAAUUGAAAACUUGCAUCAUUUGAGAACUGCCGCUGGCACUAAACCAACGGCUGAAAUUAGAUUAGAUAUGCAAAAAACCAUGCAAAGUGGAUGUGCUGUAUUUAGAACCGAAGAAACUUUGAACAAAUGUGUUGAUCAUAUGACAAAGGUAAAUAAAUCAUUUGAAGAUAUCAAGACGACUGAUCGUUCAAUGAUUUGGAACUCCGAUUUGGUUGAGACCAUGGAAUUACAGAAUUUAUUAACAUGUGCCACACAAACUGCAGUAUCUGCAGCUGCUAGAAAAGAAUCAAGGGGUUCACAUUCAAGAGAGGAUUACCCAGAUAGAGAUGACGUUAACUGGUGGAAGCAUACUUUAUCCUACCAAAAAGAUGUGAACGACCCGGUUAAGUUGGAUUACAGAGACGUAAUCAAGACCACAUUAGAUGAUGGGGAUUGUAAACCAGUUCCUCCAACUGUUCGUAGGUACUAG